GUAAUACUCACUACACAUCAAGGGCCAAGAUGGGCUUUGGGUUGAAGGAACUAAACGAGCGCGACCCGGAGGAAGAUAGAGAGAGAGAAUCGGGUUCUCUCUGUAAAUCUGCAUCAAAGGAAGAUAGAGAGAGAGAAUCAGGUUCUCUCUGUAAAUCUGUAUCAAAUCGGAGAGUUGGGUUGCCCUUAAAUUUCCUGAAAUCUCUCUCUUUCUGUCUCUACAUAGAUAUUUUCCUUUCUCUCUCUAGAUUCUAGAAUAUAAAUAACUCUCGCACCCUCCAAUGAGGGAGAGAGCAGUAAACUUCACAAACUCUGCUUCAGUAUAUGAAAUGGAACUAGACCAGCACAUAGAGAGAGUUCUAUGGACUGAAGACAAGAUAGCAAAGAGGGUUGUUGAACUUGCCUCUGAAAUUUCUGAGGAUUUCAAGGAAUUACAUUCUCCUCUGGUUGUAAUUGGUGUUGCAACAGGAGCUUUUUUGUUUUUGGCUGACAUUGUGCGCAAGAUAACCUUGCCAGUCUUGGUUGAUUUUAUCCAAGUGCAAUCCUAUGGCUCUGGAACUACAUCAAAUGGUGCUCCUCAAAUAGUUCAUGAUAUCAAAAUAGAUAUUCGUGGAAAGCAUGUUCUUGUGGUUGAGGAUAUUGUAGACACUGGCAAUACCUUAUCCUGCCUUAUUUCACACUUGGAAUCACAAGGAGCAUCCUCUGUUUCAGUUUGCACUUUUCUUGAUAAGCCUUAUAGGCGUGAGAUCACUGUUGAAUUAAAGGGGGAAGGGAAAUUUUACCGUGGAUUUGAGUGUCCGGAUAAUUUUGUGGUGGGUUAUGGUAUGGAUUAUGCUGAACUCUACAGGAACUUGCCUUAUGUGGGGGUAUUGAAGCCUGAAUUAUACGAAUGAUUUGGUUCAUGGAGCGUCUUACCAUUCACAUAAGCUAAGAAUUUUUUUUGUCGAUUUAUAUUGAAUAACGACAUUUCAUACUCAAUAAUCUGAUUUUUAUGUCCCUAUGUCAUUUCAUUUCUCUAAAAGUUAUGGUUGAUUGCAUAUUUUAAUUUCAUAGUAUUGAAUUGUAGAGGUGUGAUUCCUGUUUUGAGUAUGUGAUAGUGAGGGGAAAACUUUGUAUUAA